UUCUGUGAGCCUCUCCGAAACUGCUGUCACAGAAUAGUCAUGGUGCCUGCUCUUGCCUAGAGAAAAGCCUGAAAUUGAACUCGAAGCUGUGUCUUUGUGAUAUCUUUCCAACAAGUCAUGUCCCAUUCAGCCUGCUAGUUUAUCUCUGUCAGACUCGGGGCUCCAGUGGCUUGUGAGAGCUGCCAGGGCCAGGUAUACCGACCUGCUUUGUGCUGAGAAGGCAUUUUAGUCGAACUAUGGAGGAACUGGUUCAUGAUCUUGUAUCAGCCCUAGAGGAGAGUUCAGAGCAAGCCAGAGGCGGAUUUGCAGACCCAGGAGAUCACUCUCGAAAUAUGACUUGUCCACUGAAACGUCAGGCAAGGAAAAGGAGAGGGAGAAAACGACGGUCAUAUAAUGCUCAUCCACCUUGGGAGACAGGCCACUGUUUAAGUGAAGGUUCAGAUUCCAGUUUAGAAGAACCAAGCAAGGACUACAGAGAAAACCAUAAUAACAAGAAGAAAGAUCACAGUGACUCUGAUGACCACAUGUUAGUAGCAAAGCGCAGACCAUCAUCCAACCUAAAUAAUGUUAGAGGUAAACGACCCUUAUGGCAUGAGUCAGAUCUUGCCGUAGAUAAUGUUGGUAAUAGAACUCUCCGUAGAAGAAGAAAGGUGAAACGUAUGGCAAUAGAUCCACCAUCUGAAAUCUCUAACCCACUAACACUGACCCAACAACAUGAAAAUAGAGAUCAAGAAAUGGACAAUGACUGUAGAGCUUACCAACACCAGGAAUUCAGUAAAAACAAAAUUAAAAAAAGAAAAUUAAAAGUCACUAGACAAGGACUAAAAAUCCAAGAUGAUGGACUAGUUUGGGAAAGUGAAGAUUUGGUCCAAGCUAAUAAGGAUAAAAUGGAAUAUGAAGAACAAAAAGGCUCAGAUGAAAUCAUGAGUGAAAGUGACUCCAGCAGCCUCAGCAGUACUGAUGCUGGUUUGUUUACCAAUGAUGAGGGAAGACAAGGUGAUGAUGAGCAGAGUGACUGGUUCUAUGAAAAAGAGUCAGGCGGGGCUUGUGGCAUCGCAGGAGUCAUUCCCUGGUGGCAGGCUGAAGAGUCUACAGAAUUAGGAAAAGAAUUACCAGAUCCCGUCUUUCAAAGUAUCUUAAGUGGUUCUUUUCCUCUUAUGUCACCUUCAGGCAGAAGAGGUUUCCAGGCUAGACUCAAUCAUCUACAUGGAAUGCCCUCAAAGAACAUCAAAAAGUCUGGAGGAAAUUCUACUGCAAUGGUGGCUACAUCUGGUCCAGUAAGUAACAAGAGAAUGGUUCACUUUUCUCCUGAUUCACAUCACCAUGAGCAUUGGUUUAGCCCUGGGGCCAGGACAGAGCAUGGCCAGCUUCAGCUCCUGAGAGAUAACCGAUCAGAACGAGGACACAAAAAAAACUGUUCUGUGAAAACUGCAAGCAGACAAACAAGUAUGCAUUUAGGAUCCUUGUGCAUGGGAGAUAUCAAACGGAGAAGAAAGGCUGCACCCUUGCCUGGACCUACUGCAACAGGACUUGUGGGUGAAAAUGCCCAACCAAUCCCAGAGACCAACAUUGGAAACCGAAUGCUUCAGAACAUGGGCUGGACACCUGGGACAGGUCUUGGAAGAGAUGGCAAGGGGAUGUCGGAACCAAUACAGGCUAUGCAGAGGCCCAAAGGAUUAGGACUUGGAUUUAGCCGACAAAAUACCACACCACCAAUGACCUACAACAAUGAUACUUCAAGAGUCAAGAAGACUAUUUGGUAAUUUUAAAAAUAGGUUGGGGAAAUGUUUGUUUCAGAAGAGAACUUUGUAAUAAUGAAACAAUGCAAAAUUCCAAACCAUAAUCCAAUUAGUCAAAAAAUAUUAAAUGAUACUACUAGAUACAAUACUACUUGCUGGAAAGAAAAAUAUCAAGACUGAAACAAUCUACUCAUAAGGAGUUUGCUUAUAUUCUAAUGAAGAAUCAUCAAGAACACAUUUAAGUAUAAACAAAAUAAAAUCUAGCCCAGUUGCAGAUUUAAUUAUGAACUCAGUUCAUUGCCCAUCUUUAAUGUCUGUUAAGGUAUAUGUAUGAAUACUUGAAGAUAUCCAUUGAAUACAUCACAUCCUAGUCCAGACAAUAGUCAACAAAUAAUAAGCACAGUGGUAUCUUAUAUCCUUCAUAAAUUGAAACAGUUGUGUGGCUGUAAAAUGUAAUGUGCCAUACAAUUUCUCUGCAAACUUCUCUUUUUUUCCUACUUUAUAAUCAAGGAUGUUCUCAGUAUUAUUCAAAUAAAGAUUUUGAUCAGUUGGAAAAUGUGUAUAUGGAUGGAUAGUUAUUGAGAUUUUUUUGAUCGCCAUUUUUUCUGUUCAUAAUUUUUCUGGGCACUUAGUAUCCUUCUUAUAACUGUAUUAAAAAUAAACCCUGCAGGACCCUCAGAAUUAUGUCAUUUCCAGCAUAGGCCUCUCAUGUCUAGACUAGAUUUGUCUGAUCUAAUUAAAAUGCUUUUUACAUUUUAGUUUUCUUUAGUUUCAUAUAAACAUGUGAUUACAUGAUUAUAGAUGGAGAAAAUCGUGUGUUAUAAAUGUUUCAGCA